AUGGUCGCACAACAGAGCUCUAACCCGCUUUUCGGUACCCGCGACAUUAUUGUAGAGUACCAGCGGGGUGUAACUGUUCUUGGAUACCCCGUCUUCUCUCCAAAUCUGCUUUUGCGAGGCAUCGACCCUCCGCAGUUCCAAUUGGCAGGUCCAGACGGCCAAACUGCACAAAAGGGCGAAAUCAAGCCUGGUGGGGGUCUCUGGCCGUUGGAUUUGGACUCUCAGUCGCGAGAUUACAAGUGGUUUGUGUCAAUGGACCAUGCUAAUCGGUUCCAAACAGAUGAUCAGGGCUGGAGCUACAGCUGGAGGUUUCGCAGCAAUCACUGGAGGGCUUCUAAGGGUUUUGUGCGAAAAAGGUUCUGGGUGCGUCUUCGAGAAAGAAGCCCUGAACUAACCGCUGCAGAACCAGACUCGUCUAGCGAAGGCGGCGUCGAAGUGAUGGACCACAGCAACAACAACGCUGAUAAAGAGCCACAGGCUACGAAUGACGAGCAGUCAUCAUCCAGCGCUCAAGAUCCUUUUGCAAACUUGCUAAUACAGCUUUCAAAACCAAGCCUGGACCGUCAAAAAGCGGAUGCGGUGCUCACCUACAUAUCAGAACUAUCGGCUGGCGAGAAAAGACAACUUAUGGAGCCGGACUCUCCCGAUUUGAAACAGAUCCUCGAGCAGUUUCAGUUCGAAAAAAGCCGACAGAUGCUUAUGGAUAAGCUUCUGCCCGCGACUUCUACAUAA